CUUCCCGGGAAAAAGCAGGCCAGGUACAAGGGCGGCACAUGCUAGGUGUCGCGCAAGCAAUCAGCUCGCCCCGUCCGUCCUCUCGCCGCUUCCCGUCUUCAGUUCUUUAUGCCGCUCGGUGCCAGCGGUGCGGCGGUGCGCGCCCCGAGCAGAGCUAGCUAGGUGAUUUAUUCGGCGCGGGAAUGGUGCCCGGGGCGAGGGCUCCGGCGGCGUCCGUGCUGCGUGGGCUCGUGGCGCUCGCCGGCGCGGCCGUCUUGUGGUUCUCCGGCGCCGCCGAGGCCCGCGUCCUACUCACGCUCGACGACUUCGGCGCCGUCGGCGACGGCAUUGCCAACGACACGCAGGCGUUCGUGGACGCGUGGACGGCGGCGUGCGGCUCGGAGGAGCAGGCCGUGCUCGCCGUGCCCGUCGCCAAGGCCUACCAGAUCUGGCCGGUGCAGCUCUCCGGCCCCUGCAAGAAGAAGCUCAAGCUGCUGAUCGCCGGGACGAUCGUGGCGCCGGCAAGCCCCGACGAGUGGGCGGGGAGGGACCCGAUGAAGUGGCUCUACAUCUACGGCGUGGACGGCCUGUCCGUGAGCGGCGGCGGCACCAUCGACGGCGUCGGGCAGGAGUGGUGGGCGCGCUCCUGCAAGCGCAAGAAGACCCAGCCCUGCAACACGCGGCCUCCUCCUAGGGCGUUGCAUUUCGAGGAGUGCAGGGGGGUGAGCGUGCAGGGGGUGACGCUGCAGAACGGGCCGCAGUUCCACCUGUCCUUCACGCGGUGCACGGACGUGAAGGCCAACUUCCUCCGGGUGGUGGCGCCGGCGGACAGCCCCAACACCGACGGCGUCCACCUCAACGACUCCUCCCGCGUCCAGAUCACGGACAACCUCAUCUCCACGGGGGACGACUGCGUGUCGAUGGUCGGCAACUGCUCGGACGUCCGCGUAAGAGACAUCUCGUGCGGGCCCGGCCACGGUAUCAGCAUCGGGAGCCUGGGCAAGAACCGGACCACGGACAGGGUCGAGAACGUGAGGGUGGACACCUGCUUGCUCACCAACACCACCAACGGCGUCCGGAUCAAGAGCUGGCAGGGGGGCAUGGGCUCCGCCCGCGACCUGAGGUUCGAGAGCAUCGUGAUGAAGAACGUGUCCAAUCCCAUCAUCAUCGACCAGUACUACUGCGACCAGCCUACGCCCUGCGCGAACCAGACGGAGGCCGUGGAGGUGCGCAAGGUGGAGUUCGUGGACGUGAGGGGCACGUCGGCGACGGCGCAGGCGAUCAAGAUCGCGUGCAGCGACACCUUGCCGUGCCGGGAGCUGGAGCUGAGGAACGUCAACCUCACCAUGGUGGGCGGGGGCGCGGCCACGGCCUCCUGCUACAGGGCGUCCGGCAAGGCCGUUGGAGCCGUCGCCCCGGCGUCCUGCCUCGCCAAGGGUGACCCGUGAUGGUCGUUGAAUGAUGUUUCCACCGUCUGUUUGCGUACUUGGCCGGUGUUUUCAACAUAUAGCUUGGUAAAUAUUUAUACAAUAUUGGGCUCUGUUUUCACAAUAUGAAACAUAGUGCAAAUGGUUUUUGGCAACACUAACUGAUUUGUUGCUCGCAUAGAGGCGGUGAGUGGCUUAGGGAUAUUGUCUACCAUUUUUUAUUUUAAAAAUAAAAUUUCUUCUGACAUACAACCCUUGCAGUAGUCUCGUAACAUGUCACAAACAAGGUUAUAUCACUAAUGAU